UGCGCCUAAUCGAGUUCGGAGGCGUUCGGCGAUCAAUCAAGGAAGAAGUAGCCCGGAAGUAGUGUGGUGUGUGAAGGUCUUUGGCUGGAAAGUCCACUUUUUCAUCACAAUGGGCGUAAAAUUAGAAAUCUUCAAGAUGAUGUUUUAUGUAUCCUUCCCCGUCACUAUCUUCUGGAUCUCCAAUCAACCAGACUACUUUGAGGAAUACGUCUUAAAGAAGAAGCGGGAGAUCUUACCCCCGAACGAGGCACAUCAAAGGAAGGAGCUGGAGGACUUCAAGGAGAGAAUGCGAGUUCAAAAGGAGCAGCGGAUAUUGAAACAAAUCUCCAUGAAGGCAGAGAACUAAAAAUAUUUUGUGAAAUGAAUCUAUAUUGUAAAUAUGAAGCUGUGUCUGGAUGAUGAUGAUGAGCAGAAUCUUUAUAACAAAAAUAUGAUGUAAUUAAAAUGUAUUUUGUUGUGCAGUUUGUACAUGCCGCUGGAUUUUUAUGUUUGAUGAUUAUAAUCAAAAUAAAUAUUUGAAAAAUA